UCACUCACAAAUAACACCAAGCACACCCCCUCCAAUAACUCCAAUCCCCCUAUCAUUAAUAAAAUUGUCGGAUAAAUUUUAUACUAAAAAGUCUUUUAAUUAUUCUUUAAAAACCGAAACCGAAUUAUCCCAGUUAAACAAAAAGGGUGGAAAUAAAUCCUUACCGCCCGAAGAGCCACAAUCAAUCAAUAACUCAGUUAAGACUUACACACAAAAUCAAUUACCCGUUCCCGAUCCCACGCCUCCCAUUCCCGCAAAUAUAAUUAAUCAAAAACAUGGUCCACUGAAGGCCAUUAAAAAUAAUAAAUUAGAAAUAAAAUUUUCAGUUCCCACAGAUAAUGUGCGUAGAUGGAAAGGACUAACUAAAUCUUCAGGCCCCCCAGGUGAUGUUCCAUCAGACAUAUCCUCAAGUCCGACUCCCCCUACAGCAAAGUUGGACUCUCAUGAUCUACCCGCAUCCCCAUCUGCUGCUACUGACCAACAUCAAUCACAAAAUAUUCCGUCUACAAAUCCACAACCGCAUGCUCCUUCGAAAUUGAAAAAGAAUUUGGAUCCUCCACCGCCGCCCCGCAGCUCUCCAAUCAAGCUCCCAAUUAGCCGUGUUCAAGUGCUUCCUUCUGGUUUUGUUGAACGUCUC